UCAGUUACAUUUUGCUGUCUUCGAAGAUGGAAUCUCGAAAACUUACGUAUUUUCCUCUACCAGCAUUAGGUGAACCUAUAAAAUAUCUUUUGGUUUAUAGUAACAUUGAUUUUGAGGACAUUAAAAUUCCUUUAAUGACAUGGAUGGAAGUUAAAAAUGAUUUUCCAUUCGGACAAUUACCAAUCUACGAAGAAAAUGGAAAAGUGGUGAACCAAAGUGUAGCCAUUAUGAGGUACUUGGGGAAAAAAUGUAAGUUAAAUGGGAAUAAUGAUUGGGAAGAUCUUGAAAUUGAUGCUAUAGCUGAUACUAUAAAGGAUCUCAUUAACAAGCUUAUUGGAGGUCAUUACACAAAAAGUGCAUCUCAACAAAAGUUGCUUCAAGAAUCAAUCUUAAAUGAUACGUUACCUUUUUAUAUGAAAAAAUUGGACGUGGUUGCCAAAGAAAAUAAUGGUCAUAUGGCUUGUAAAAGGUUGACUUGGGUUGAUUUUUACGUAGCGGGGGCUCUUAAUUAUUUUUUUUCAUUCCCAUUUAUAAAAAAGGACUUAUGGGAAGAAAAUCCACACUUAAAAGCUGUUAGAGAAAACGUUCUCAUGUUGCCUUCCAUUAAGGAUUUUCGCCAAAAAAAUCCAGAGGAUCAAAAGGCCAUUAUGGAUUGGUUCCAAUUUUCAGGAAAACCUACUUUACCCUGAAUAAAUUGCAAUUAAAACUUUUAAUCAUUACUUAAAUAACUCUUAAUACGUAAAUAAAAAUAAAUUGUGAUGUUUUAUUUUA